GUUAUCGAUAAUCUGUUAUUAAGGUAUCGGAAUAUUGCUCACUUGCUAAGGAUUCCAUAAAAUAAAAACAAAUGGACUCUUCGACGACAACGGGUGAGGGAAGUUUCCUGCGAAACAAGAUUCGGGAAUAUGCCAGGGAUCACCGUGUUGAGUGCCGCAUGAAGGCGAAGGACUCGUUGCGCAUUGGACUUGGACAGGUUAAGCAGGAAGUGGCGGCUCUUGAGAUGGGCACUAAGGACGUCAUUGGAAUGGCCAGCAGGAUCAAGCGGCGCAAGCACGCCACCUCCGAGGAUCUGUGCCGCUUGUCGCUGGGGUUCCUCCAGAGCAAUGACAACAUCAAUGCAUUCGCAGCUAUUCCUGGCGCCAUUCAGGUCCUGGUUAAGGAGCUCACUGGACCGCACAUUCAGCGACAGACAGAUGCCGUGGAGUGCUUGUGUAAUCUUUCCUUGGGCGAGGCCCAUGUCUCCGAAAAGAUUGUCACUUUGGCGGGCAGCUACAUGGUCACCUACCUUGAUGGCAAGGCCGAACGCCUCAAGCGCAGUUGCCUGUGGACACUGGCCAACAUUCUGGGCACAUGCGACAAGGCCGGCAGAGUAUUGCUGCAAAUGCAGCUAGUACCCAAGCUGUGGAGGCUCUACAGUGAGCCCAGUGGCUGCCAAGAAGAUGCCGCCAUCUGCCUCUCCCUGGUGGCCACCCACUGCCCGCAGCAUGUGAGUGACAAGGAUCGAAGGUACAUUGCCCAGAACCUGCCUGAGAAGCUCCUCAGCCAGCCCGCCAGCGAGUACUUCAUGUACAUAGUGCACCAACUGGAAAUAGUGAAACAGGAGCACAGGAUAGGUGCUCAACAGGCCGAAUGCCUGGUGCGUUUCUUUGAAGCCACCUUAGCAUCGCCAGCCGACCGGCUGUGUCUGGUCUACGGCGUGCGUGUAAUGGCCAAUCUGGUGGCCCUAGGUGACCCAAGUCUAAUAGGAGCACUAGCAGACCCGCAGAAUCUUGUGAAAACCCUAAACCAGCUCUUCGCUCUGCGAGAUCCAGAUCUCAGCCUGGACGCGAUGCGCUUGCUCAAGAACUGUCUGCACUUGAAGGUAGCAGAUUCCAACCUGGUACUGCUGGAUAGCUUGCAAAUAUACGCACAGGCUUGUGGUUAAGAAUAAGUCUUGUGAA